AUGCCAGAAGAGUUCAGUUCAGCGUUCGAUUCUUCCGGUCGAGACAGAAAGCCAUCUUCCGACAGGUCUUCUUCUCCUGCUGAGCUUUCCCUUCGUGCCAGGACCAGAUCUCCUCCUGCCAGAUUCGAUUCUAUGGUCAGGUCUUCUCCAAUUGCCGAGAGCUCUCGUCGUGACAGUUUAACAUCUCCUCCACGUCCUACUACUAGGAAUGAAGCUGUGCGCAUAUCUGGUAUUACCUUUGAAGAAAUAAGUUUGGUUCAGCUCGUUCCAAAAACGAAUCCAAACCAGCGGUUUAAAAUACAAAAAUACACUUUUCCUUCCAAUACACCACUUCUAGUAAGAAAAAAAAAUAAUGUUUUUGGGCCCUUGCCGAUCCAAGAAGAAACUGUAUUAUUAAAGCCAAAUGGUGACAUUCUUGCAAUUUUUAUGAAAAACAACACAAUACUUCGCGGAAUAUAUAAAUCAAGAGAUGAGUGUGGAUCUUGGGUUGAAAGACGGGUGAAAAUAAACAUACACAGUCACGAGAUUCAAGAUUUAAAUACAAAUGAAAAAGAGGAGGCUCCCUUAGGCGCAAGUAACUUAGUCUCACAUAAAUUUGAAGUAGUAGAUUUAAGAAAAAAUCCACACCAUUCAUCAUGACUUAAAAAAUCGUCUUCACGAGAUUUCGUACACAUUAUUCUUAAAAACCUUCUUAGU